AUGCAUGGUCGUCAUAUUACAAGAACUUAUGUGAAACCAUCAAUUGAAGACUAUGAAUAUUUGUAUGAUUUACAUGAUGGUAAUAUUGACUGUGCUUGCACAAAAAUCUCAAUUCCAUAUCGAUCAUUUGUCACAUUAUUCAAUGUCGCUGCCUUUCAUGAAAUAUGUUCAACUGAUGCUGUUGACAACAGUUUAACUGUAGGCAAAAUACUUGAAGCAGGAGAGAUUUUUACGAAUAAGAUUGAUUUUCAAACAUGGAGUGAUGCUUUCAUUGAUGGCAUUAAAAAGAUAUGUCAAUUAGCACAAGAAAGUGUUUUACAUGAUAUUCAAACAUUUCUUAGUUCAACUAUGUUGGCAUAUAAUAUAAUACCUCGUAUAGAAUUUAAUUCUAAAAUCAAUAUCACAUUAAAUCAAAUGAAAUUAACUACAGUACAAGCAUUUGCUCGAACUCUAGAUCUUCUACGUUCAACUAUACAGGGUAAUGCAUUAAUCGGUUUAUUUACAUCAUCGUGGAAGUUUGUUAAGAUCAAUAAUACGGAAGGAGAUAAUUCAAUGUUUCUCACUGUACCUACCAAUCAAAAUACAACAUGUUCGUGUAUUACUACUAAAUCUUGUUCUCAACCAGCUCAAGUAUUCAAUUAUGAUGGAGCACUUCGUUACACUUGUCAAGGUAUCGUGAUGGGUUGUUCACUUCUUGAAAGUAUUCUACAAUCAUCAUUCUCAUGUUUUUAUUCGAUGAAAUGUGUUAAAGAAAUUCGCACUGCAUUUUCUCUCUUUUGGCCUGAAGACUUGGAAACAUGGGCUAACGAGACAAACACAACUAUUACAUUGAAUGCACAAUUAACACGAUUUUCUAUAGAUGACACAUUCGAAACAUUGGCUUAUAACAUGUUUAUCGAAUCGUGGAUCACAAAUGUUUCAUAUGAGUUGUUUUUUAAUUCAUGUCAACCAGAAAAAUGCGCGUAUAUGUAUCAUCGUCGAUUUGAUAUUUUACAACUUUUAACUAUAUUUUUGAGUUUAUUCUCUGGUGUUUCUCUUGCAUUACGAUUUCUUCUGAUACACACAGUUAUAUUAAUCGAAAGUAUGAAAACAGAUGUUCGCGUAUUGCCAACUGAAUAA